GGCCAAGUCUUUGUGGAACAUCUAUUCAAGCCCCACGGAGAACUCGUCUUCCGCAGAUUUAAGUCAUGGGAAUCCCGGACCUGUGUCAUCCAUCCUCCAGUGACGUAGAUCUUUGUAGUCAGACCAAAGUCUCUACAGCUCCAAUUAUCAUUAAGUCUUCAGCUGAGUUACUUUCCAUGGAACAGCUUGUUCUGAUUGGUUUGAUCACAGGCAUCGUAUUGUUAGGCAUGGCCAUCCUGGCAGUCGCUGUAUUGAUCUCGUCAAGAAAAUGUUCGCAGAGAACAAAAUGCAAGAACGAUAACUCGGAUGUGCAGGAUCCAGCAGACGGCAAGUACUCUCGACCCUACGCUACAUCUGGAAAAACUCAGAAAUCUGGUGCUAAGAUGUGCACAGCCAAUAAAAUUAGAAAGACCAGAAAUGCGAUUGAAGAAGUCUCUUCCACAGUUUCAACUUAUAGUGUCUCGCACAUCUACGAUAAUGACUCCAGUAGUCUUCAGGAUCCUACAUCCGGAGAAUCAAGUCUUCAAGACGUUAACGUAAGCUCAGAAAAAAACAUCCAGAGAGAAAUUUCUUUCCUUACGGAUUCGUUUCCUUCUGAAACAGGAAAUCGAUUACUAUUAAUUGAAGCCGAAGUAUACGGAAGACCAGUUAGCGAGCAGAUAAUCUCCGAGGCGGUCAGGGAGAGUUUGAUAUACUUGGAAACACUGCACGUUUCCAUAAGUCAAGACAUCUCGAGCUCAAACAAAAGCUUGAUGAGGAUGAAGGACACGAUUAUUCCAGUAGAGGAGAGAGCCACUGCUGAGUUAAGGGAAUCAGUGUGCAUGGCAGAGGAUAUAAGAGGCAACAGAGACAUCCAAGAGGAGGUGAACAGUUUUUCCAGAGAUUCUGCUUACGACAACAACUGGGACAAUCGUUUUUCGACAUACGCUAACCAUUUUGAACAUUUGCCACGCCCUGAAUCUGGCUUUGUAGAUCCUGACCUUCAGAAUAUAAUGCGAAUCUCUGAAACGGAUGUAAAGACGCUAUAUACAAGCAACUCUAAAUCUAUGGAGGUAUCACCAUCAGAAAACGAUAUUCAUAUGCCAUUGAUCGAUACUAGUGUUUAUGUCGAACCAGACAAUGCAAAGUCCAGUCCUGGGCUAUUUAUGGACAAAGAGGACAACGGUGAUAAAUAUAACCGUGUUUCUAGUUAUGCGAAUGUUUAUGAAGAUAAACAUGGUUACUUAGUGCCGAAUACUAAGUUCUAAAUUCUUUUCUUCCUUACUAAUGGUUCAAUCUCCUAGACGAAUUUCAGAAUCACACGCAGGACUCUGUGAAAAAUCUGAAUUAUUUGCAGACGUCAAGCUCUUACAUCAAGCUCUUACAUCUAGCUCUUGCAUUAAACUCUUGCAUUAAACUCUUGGAUUAAACUCUUGCAUUAAACUCUUGCAUGUAGCUCUCGCAUGAAGCUCUUACAUCAAGCUUUUACAUCAAGCUCUUACUAAUGGUGCAAUCUCGAAGCUAAAUUUCAGAAUCACACGCAGGACUCUGAGAACAAUCAAAAUAAUUUGCAACUUCAAGCUCUUGCAUCAAGCUCUUACAUCUAGCUCGUAUAUCAAGCUCUUACAUCAAGCUCUUAUAUUAAGCCCUUACAUCUAGCCCGUACAUCAAGCUCUUACAUCAAACUCCUACAGCACUUACAUCAAGCUCUUGCAUUAAGCUCUUGCAUUAAGCUCUUGCAUAAAGCUCUUGCAUGUUCCAUAAAUAUUUAGAUGUGCUGUAUGACAACAUCACAUCCUUACUUUUAAAAAAAACAACUUUAUUGUAGUUCCAUAGUUCUUGAGAUCUUCCAAUCCAUGUACAUCUGGUUUAUUAAACUGUAAAUACACUGACAAUAAUGUGAUAUGCUACAAUUCCUCUAUCAAACAUCCAUCUACCUGUAUUUGCUGUCCAUGUCACUUUCUGUUUAGUUCGUUACCAAGAAAGGAUUGCCAAAAGUCCAGCAAAGGACAGGACCUUCUUUUUGGGAGGGUUGUGUUCCCCUUACGACAGGCAAAGGCCGAAACUGUAAAAAAAAAAAAUGUACGGAUUCUACUCCGUUGUCCAUUUCAAUGGCAUAUUAUCGAACAUUAGCAUUCAAUACUUUAUAUCUCCAGGUAGAAACACACUAAUACACAUAUUAUCAAACAUUAGCAUUCAAUACUUUAUAUCUCCAGGUAGAAAUACACUAAUACACAUAUUAUCAAACAUUAGCAUUCAAUACUUUAUAUCUCCAGGUAGAAACACACUAAUACACAUAUUAUCAAACAUUAGCAUUCAAUACUUUAUAUCUCCAGGUAGAAACACACUAAUACACAUAUUAUCAAACAUUAGCAUUCAAUACUUUAUAUCUCCAGGUAGAAAUACACUAAUACACAUAUUAUCAAACAUUAGCAUUCAAUACUUUAUAUCUCCAGGUAGAAACACACUAAUACACAUAUUAUCAAACAUUAGCAUUCAAUACUUUAUAUCUCCAGGUAGAAACACACUAAUACACAUAUUAUCAAACAUUAGCAUUCAAUACUUUAUAUCUCCAGGUAGAAACACACUAAUACACAUAUUAUCAAACAUUAGCAUUCAAUACUUUAUAUCUCCAGGUAGAAAUACACUAAUACACAUAUUAUCAAACAUUAGCAUUCAAUACUUUAUAUCUCCAGGUAGAAACACACUAAUACACAUAUUAUCAAACAUUAGCAUUCAAUACUUUAUAUCUCCAGGUAGAAACACACUAAUACACAUAUUAUCAAACAUUAGCAUUCAAUACUUUAUAUCUCCAGGUAGAAACACACUAAUACACAUAUUAUCAAACAUUAGCAUUCAAUACUUUAUAUCUCCAGGUAGAAACACACUAAUACACAUAUUAUCAAACAUUAGCAUUCAAUACUUAAUAUCUCCAGGUAGAAACACACUAAUACACAUAUUAUCAAACAUUAGCAUUCAAUACUUUAUAUCUCCAGGUAGAAACACACUAAUACACAUAUUAUCAAACAUUAGCAUUCAAUACUUAAUAUCUCCAGGUAGAAACACACUAAUACACUUCCAAAAUGGAGUAUUGUCAUGGAGAGAGGUCUGAAGUAUGUGAG